AAGCGGCCAAGAUUCUCAAUGGCACCGAUUUUGGGAGAGAUUCGAAACCAAUUACUCAGGAAAAGAAUGGGAAUCCCUUCCACACUCCCCCGCGAACUCCGAGUGACCGGGAUAGCAGCGCCCCAGUCACGGAUUCAUGGGACUCAAGUGAGACUCAGUCAAUGUCUCCGAACGGCAGAAAAGGCUUUGCCGAGAAGGCAGCGAAUGCCUUUGAGAGCGCUGAUUUGAAAUGGCAGCCAUGUGAGUAUCUCUUUUGUGACCCUCUUUGAGCAAAGGAGAGCCAUUCAACUGAUGACAUGGUAGUUACCGUGCAACCAUUCAGAGAGGAAAUCACUCGCAUCAUUGGAACUUAUAUAGCUGACGGUGCCCCACGUCAACUGAAUCUCUCAUCGAAAGAGCGCGUCGCUCUUCUUCACGCUCUUGCGAGCACUACCCAUCCGUCAGCUUUUCGGCAGAUUGCGCGCACAGUUGAGUGGUCUCUCCGUUGCCAGGCCCACCCAAAUUUCGUUCGAUGGUCUAUCUGCAAUGGAAACAAGCCUCGUGUCAUCUUUGCCCGUGGCUUAGGUGUGGGUGGCAUCAUCGGCGGCCUCAUUGCUGCUAUUAUUAUCACUUUGAGCAGUGCCGGCCGUGCAUGGCGUGUUCUCUCUUUUCUUGGUUUCUUCAUUGGUGUAUCGACCCUCAUUGCUGCGUGGAAGGGCAUGUGUGUGGUACUCCAUGGCAUGCAUCACCGCCAUCUUCGCCCGUGGGAACUUUUUGCAGAAGACGAGGAUGACAGCUCCUAUUACGAACUCAAAAAGGGAUCAUUCGACAGCCUUGGGUCCAACAAUAGCUACGAAGACGAGCCAUGGGUAGCCAAGUAUGAAAAGCGAAACAUUAUCCGCAAAGUUUUUGACCGUGAGGUCUGGAUUCAAGAGCCAGCAUUGCGUCAAAUUCAAGACACCAUUUUCCUUCAGGCCAUUCUUGGAGCGUUUAUUAUUUCAGCAGUGGCCGUUGCCAUUUUCGUCGCUGUUCCAAAAGGUGGCUUCUUUUGAUUUGAGAAUUAGUCUCAACUACGCCAAAAUUUUUUUUCUUUUUUUCCAUACUGGUGAUCGCCAGAAGAUCCUGCGUUCUUUUAUUUUAUACCUUUCCUCUCCUUGGCCAGGCCAUCACACCCGAUUGCUCGACAUGGGAUAAUGUGGAGACUUUGCCUUUCCGGGAUUACUGAUACUAUUGGAACUUGACGAGCUCUUGGGGUUGGGCCGAAAAGUAGCUAUUCUUAAUUGGGAGGAGUU